AUGUCUUCGUGCGGAGUGAAGAUUAUCGGAACGCCCGUUCCGCGGAUUCAAGUCGCAAAAGAGGAUGACUUUGAACAAUGGUACCAGGAGAUCCUAGAUAAGGGCGACAUGGUGGAUCAGGAUCCGAUCUCUAAGUGCUUGAUUCUUAAGCCGGCUGCGUACUCGAUCUGGGAGAGAGUGAAAGCUUGGAUGAACUGCCAACUGGAGGCUAUUGGAGUACAGAGCUAUUACAUCCCUCCUGUUGCCUUGGACAUUGAAACCGAAGCGACCGCGGGGACCACCGGAAACAAGCCGUCUAAGGAAUCUGUCAUCCAAGCGUGCUGCAAGGCAUGGAUUAAACGCUACCAGGAUUUGCCUUUCGGGUUGAAUCACUGGGGCAUGGGAUGCCGAAUGGGACAGGAUUCGAGUUACUUCUCUGGUGCGACGGCCUUCUGUGGCAGGAAAGAUCUCUUGUCUGUUCCGGUAGUCAAUGGGCUAAAGAGUAAGAGAACGAGUCGUCCUAACCAUCUCAGGACCAGUAUACUAGUAGUUUUGGGAUAUAUUCCUGGGAUCAAUCAGUGCGUUGAAGGUGCGACAUGUCAUGAAUUAGGUCAAGGGCUCAGCAAGAAAUAUGAUAUUGCAGUCGAGGAUCGGUCUACAGCUACAAUGCCGCCACUGCAUGUGUGGCAGAACACAUGUUGUCUCUCUGCUCGAGCUAUCGGGUUGAUGAUAGCAGUGCAUGGAGAUAACCGUGGCCUUAUUAUUCCUCCACGUGUAGCAAAGACCCAGGUCCUUCUUGUUGCAGAGCGGCUUCGUUCAGUUGAAGAACGCCAGAAUCUUCAUGCGCAGGAUGAGAGUCUUGUCGCUCGUCUUUCCUCAGUUGGUGUCCGCGCCGUGACUGAUAACCGGGAUGGGGUCUCUCCUGCCUGGAAGUAUAACGAGUGGAUCAUCAGCGGCGUCCCGCUAUUCCUAGAAGUUGGUCCAAGUCAAACUGCCGGUCAGAGUGUGGUGGUGACCAGAAGGGAUCUUCGGGGUACUCCAGAUGCUAGAUCUCAGAUGGCUAUCUCUGAGCUGUCUUCGAGAAUCCCGGCAUUGGUGGAUACGAUCCAAAAGGAUAUGUAUGACAAGGCACAUAGACACUUCCAAUCGCGUACACUGGCAAAUCACUAUAUAGUUUGUCUGGCGCCACACUGCUUGAACGAAUGUUGUGGGAAGGACAUAGAGAAUGCCAUCCAAGCCGAUGGACAAUCGCUGUCUACUCACAUCGGCUGUUUGUGCAUUCCGUUUCAGGCUCAAGGUGAAGGCAUUGAUACUAACACUACGAAGUGCAUUAACCCCAACUGCGAUCACAGGGCAGAGAAGUGGGCCAUGUUCGGGUGUAAAUAUAGUUGA